GUGGCUAUGGGAUGGCUCCAAUCCUGGAUAUUACAGUAUCCAAUUUGUUGCUCUUAUGUACAUUCCAUUCAAAUUAUUGUUUCAUUCCUGUUGUAUCCUACCCUGGGUUCUUCAACUGGACUCUAGUACUCAAGGGCUUUUUCCAGUUCUUCCUUACUUGUGUCUGACCUAAAAGAUCUGAAAAGACUGGAGCUCGUCUGAUCUGGUAACUGUAGCAACUGGAGCUCCUUUCAGUUCCUUGGCAGUUAGAAUGCAGCUUGUUUUGAACGUUCACAACAGCACAAAUAAUAACUCCAGGCAACUGGCCGUUUGGAACGUUCGGCAAACAGAAUUUUCAGGAGAACUCAAUUUUCUCCUUUACCAAGGUAGACUGUAUUUAAAAAAAAUACUUUAUUGUCACUUGUACAACUUGUAUACAGUGAGAUUACACGAGUACCCCCCACUCAACUCUCUUCGUCUUAAUUCCCAUCGUUUACUGACGCACACCCACCAAACCCGAAACUCAGUUGCCCUGUUGUUAUCUUUUCAUUCAGCAGCCUAACAGCCCAUGGAUAGAAGCUGUUCUUUACCCUGUUGGUGCGAAUAAUCAUGCUUCUAUGUCUUCUGCCUGAGGGCAGGAGAUCAAGAAAGUGCCGGCCAGGGUGUGAAUCAUCCCUGAGAAUUUUCCACACUCUCCUGAGGCAACAUUCUUCCGCACUUUCAUCCAGCGGAUUCACGGGACAACCUAUAAUAUCUUGUGCUGUAUUCACCACCCUCUGUAGGCGCUUCCUAUCAUAUGAUGGCAAACCAGCGUACCACACCAUGAUCCAGUAUGAAAGGACACUUUCUAUUGUUGAAGGAGAUCAUCAAAUGUUGAUUGACAUCGUUCUUUUGUUUGAAUAAACAUUCAGAAACUAUUGUAAUAUAUAGAUAGAUAAUUUGAGGAUCUUUACAAUUUUACAACAUGCAGACAGAAAGAUGUGUUGAGAAACCAGAGAAAGGAGCUGAGGGAAGUCCGGUGGGGUGGGGGGAGGUUGGGUUUUUUGUUUAGGGGGGAAAUGGAGGGGGGGAAACAAUGUGGAUGACGUAUUUUUGUUAAAAUCACUGUGUUGAAAUUUCUAAUAAAAUUUCUUUUUUUUAAAAAAAGGCAUCGUUCUUUUGCAAUACUCUGAGGAGAUAGAGUCUCUGUAUGUAUAUAUAUAUAUAUUUAGAGAAACUGGAAUUUUAUGUAUUUCAGCCAUUUACAUACCACUUAUAAGAGGCAGUAUGCUGCGAGAGUCCAGACAACCUGAACUAGUUGGGAGGAAAGGAGGAGCUGCUAAUGGGAUUUUCAGGGCGCCCCACCCCACACCCCUACUCUUUACCUUUCAAGCGCUUGCCUGGAAGGCAGGAAUUCAAAUGGUGCAGGCUUCCCGGCAGCCAAGAUGCAGUUGAUGGGCAAAGCUUCAGUACUAGGGGUUGGGUUUAUCAUCAUCAUAAUUAUUAUUACAAGUGAUUUAUCAAUCACCUUCUCAACCACUGUCUCAAGGCGACUUGCACAUGAGUUGCUGACUGUGCAUCUGCUAAAAACACAGCAGCGCUGGUGGAAACAAAGGCUGUGACCAGUGACUGUGUAGAGAGAAUUAAUAUUCCUCAGUUCCGAAGAAGUAGUCUUAUCUGGUGGCUAGGAAAGCAACCAAUCACCUUGGGAAAAACUCUGACUCAAAGAUCACCACCACGAAUUCACUGAGUGGUCUUAAGCAAGAAAUUAUCUUCAGAAAUCUCCACACCUCUGCCAGACUGCAAUAUGGAGAUAAUAAUUUGCCUGUCUUCUCAGAGUUGUUAAGAAUCAAAAGGUUUGGGCCCCUUCCCUACAAGAAAUGACUGGAGAAUAUGAAGACUUUUUGUUGUUUUAUUUUGUUGGCUCAUGGAGGAGGGGAAGGAGUGACAUGACAGAAACUUAUAAAAUUACGAAUGAUGUGGAGAAAUAAAUGUUUUCCUCUUAUCUUCCAGCACUCAAACUCAGGCUAUAUAUACACCAUGCAUUUAAAGCACUUUACUUGGUCUGAUCCAUCAAUACUACUGAAUAAAACUGCUGAAAUUCAGAGCGGUGUUCAAAUCCCAUGGAGACAAUAAAAUAGCACUGAACAGAAAGACUGGGAGAGAGUGUACUGGGGGUGGGGGUGGGAAUCAACAUUUUAAUUUGUGCUAAACACAUGCAUUUAAGCCCUAAUACACAAAUAUAUCAUUUUUAAAAAAUAGAUCAAAAGGUACGCUGUGAUGAUAGCGCUGAUACUGAAUUUGUGUUACAAUGUAGCUACAUGUAAAAAUAAAUCUUUAAAAAUAGAUGGAAGAGUAGGACUAAUGCAAUCCGUACCUGUUCUGCUGUUCUGUUCUCUCUCCCCCACAAAAAACCCCCAGCUUUUCUACAGUCUGAAAAGGGGCUCAAAGAAGAUAAAAGGCAGGCAGUGACUGGAUUAUAAUAUCACAAAAAGUGAGUCAAUAAAGCUUGCCAACUCUGGAGUAACCACCAAGGGUGGAAUUCAACGCCGGUGCUCUUAUAAAUGUUCCACCAACAAGGUUCUUGAGGUGCCUCCUGCUCCUAGUGUGGAAGCACCUGUAGUUAUGGAACAGAAAUUCAAUCCUGGCAUUUGUCAGAGAAAAGCAACUGUUAGGUCCAGUCGCGGACAACUCUGGAGUUGCAUGCUCAUCUCACUCUAUAGGCCAAGGGAGCUGGCGUUUGUCCGCAGACAGCUUCCGGGUCAUGUGGCCAGCAUGACUAAGCCGCUUCUGGUGAACCAGAGCAGCACAUGGAAACGCCGUUUACCUUUCCAUUGGAGCAGUACCUAUUUAUCUAUUUGCACUUUGACGUGCUUUCGAACUGCUAGGUUGGCAGGAGCAGGGACUGAGCAAUGGGAGCUCACCCCGUCGUGGGGAUUCGAACCGCCGACCUUCUGAUUGGCAAGCCCAAGAGGCUCAGUAGUUUAGACCACAGCGCCACCAGCGUCCCAACCCUUUUGUUACCUUUGACUCAAAUCUCUUUCUCCCUCCAGCUCUUGUACUCUGUGCUUGGGGGUUGCAAACAGAUUUCAACAAGCUCUUAACCUUGUUAGCUGAGAUUCGGUGAAGUUGGGGCAGUGGACCAUGCUGAGAGAGAGUUGGUCUCUAAAAUCAGUUGGGCCAUUGAGAUGGUGCCCUUUAAGUUGUGAUCUGCUGCCCCCUGCUGUCCUUAUAUAUGUGGAGCUGGGGAUUGACGUUUCACAGGGUUAGGCAAUCUGUGGCUAUCCAGAUGUUGCUUGUCUACAAAUCCCACCACUCCUGAGCCAAGCUAAUAAUAAUAAUAAUAAUAAUAAUAAUAAUAAUAUACCCCACCCAUCUGGCUGGGGUUCCCCAGACACUCUGGGAGGCUCCCAACAGAACAUUAAAAACACGAUAAAAGAGCAAACAUUAAAACUUCCCUAAACAGUGCUACUUUCAGAUGUCUUCUAAAAGUCAGAUAGUGGUUUAUUUCCUUGACAUCUGAUGGGAGGGCGUUCCACAGGGCGGGUGCCACUACUGAGAAGGCCCUCUGCCUGGUUCCCUGUAGCUUCACUUCUCUCAGUGAGGGAACCGCCAGAAGGCCCUCGGAGCUGGACCUCAGUGUCCAGGCUGAACGAUGGGAGUGGAGGUGUGUCGCGCAUGUCCGGGGGGGCCGGCUGCGAUGGUACCCCCCUCCCUGAUGGUGCCGGGGGCGGUACACUCCCCCCGCCCACCGUUCCUCCACCAGUGAAGGCGAGUGAGUGAGCAAGCUUGCGGGUGGGUGGUGGCACGUGCAAGUGGGCCCAUAAUGGGGGUUGUAAUGUGGGAGGAGCACCCCAAAUUGCCCUCCCAAAACAUUGGAGGAUGUGAUAAUCCGCUGACACUCCAUUCUGUCACUGUUUCCUGUAGAAAUGAGGAAAAGGCAUUCACUCUGCUUUUUUCCAUAUGUUUUGGAGGCAUUGUUAGACUGCUACUAAUCUCUGGCUAAAUUUCAUUUCCACGUCUACCUAACAAUGCAUUUCAGCAUCACUGUUUUGCCCUGCUAUCAGCUCUAUCAGCCAUGAAAUUUCCAGCAAUUUAAAAAAAGAGCAAUUAAAUAAUAGUUUCUGCAAUGUCGCAGAAGAAGCAGAACUACGUUAAACCACAUCAAAGGGGAGACCUUUGCUGACUGAAAGCCACCAUUUUAAACACGCUUUCUUGGGAAGAACUACCUCUGAAAGGAACAUAAUUUACUUCUGAGUCAACAUGCUGAAAACCUAUCACAUUACCAGUUCCAACUUAGUAAUAUUCACCCAUUUUUUGGCUUAGCUGUGUGGCUGUAGCAUUGUGAAAAAGCUAAACGUGGUGUAAUAUAGAAACACAACUGCAGUUCUAUUUCCAGGUCAUCAUAAAAAAGACUGGUGCUUCGGCUGCACAAAAGAACUUUGGAAUGGAAGCCCCUAUCUGAUGUAGAAAAAAGAAAAUGGGGGCGUCCUACCAUACCCUCCAACAUUUUGCUGAUGAAAAUAGGGACGUCCUAAGGAACGCAGGUGGCACUGUGGGUUAAACUACAGAGCCUAGGACUUGCUGAUCAGAAGGUCAGCAGCUCGAAUCCCUGCGAUGGGGUGAGCUCCCAUUGCUCGGUCCCUGCUCCUGCCAACCUAGCAGUUCGAAAGCACGUCAAAGUGCAAGUAGAUAAAUAGGUACCACUCCGGCGGGAAGGUAAAUGGCAUUUCCGUGCACUGCUCUGGUUCGCCAGAAGCGGCUGAGUCCUGCUGGCCACAUGACCCGGAAGCUGUACGCUGGCUCCCUGGCCACUAAAGCGAGAUGAGUGCCGCAACCCCAGAGUCGGCCACGACUGGACCUAAUGGUCAGGGGUCCCUUUACCUAAGGAAAAGUGGGACAUUCCAGGAUCAAAUCAGCAACUAGAACGGCUUCUGUAAAUCCAGGACUGCCCCUGGCAAUUAGGGGCACUUGGAGGGUUUUCAUACUACCAUGAGACUCUGCUGUCUCUCGCAUUGCUUGACUUUUUGGUCUCAUGCAGGGCUUUUUUCCCAGCUGGAACUCAGUUCCAGCACCUCUCACGUGGCCCCAUGGUCAUUAUAAGAGAAUGGGGAGGCAUUCACAGUGAGUUCUGGCACCUCUUUUCCUAGAAAAAUAUCACUGUUCUAACGGUGCGAAAAAAACACCACCUCAAAAUUGUUUCUUCUCUUGGUAAUCAGGAUAUAUGUUUCUAGCCAUACCUACAUAUGUGACCAUAUAGACACUAAAUAAGUGUGACAAAAAACAUACAUGAUAAGAAACCUGUUUUCAUCUUUUGGGUGCUUCUAAUUCUCCAUGUGUGUUUUGUGUGUUUGUUUUUUGCCCUUUCUGGAAAGUGAUUGGAGGUCAACGGAUGACGACAAACAAAAAGGCGAGGGAAGAUUGCAUAAUGUUUGAACUUUUUCCCCCAAUCUGGAAUUCCCCGUCCCCUGUUCUCUUUGCAGAAGUCACCUGACUUCCCCGAAAAAUGCCCAGUUUGAAAGGAUCCAGCCUUCCCCAUCUCACAGACUUGGGCCUGGCCAAAAAAGAAAAACAGGAUUGUGCAACCAGAGACUAUUAGAACUUUCUCUCUCGGAUAGGAUUUCUUAGUAAAGCCGGAGGAUGGCAUCUUUCAAACAGCAGAGGGCAAUGGAGGUCUGCAAUUAAGUGACAUUAACAGCUCAGAAAUGUGGAUAAGGGUUGGUGAGGAUUAUGAAGAGGGAGAUAGAAGAGCCAGACAAAGAGAGAAACAGCUGCAGAAACGAGGAGUGCAAGGUAAAAUUCUUUUAAAAAACUUGUUUUUUUUAUAUAAAAAACCCAGAAUCUGAGUAUUAGCAUUUGAGUUAAAUGUUUCCUGAUGGGAGUCAGCCUUUCUGGGAAAGAAAAUGAUGCUUCUCCUAAGCUUCUAUGGUUGUUUUGCGGGGUGGGGUGGAGAUAGCUGUCUUGCAUAAGUUGCAGGUAAUGUCUGUGAUGAAUCUCUCUCUCCGGCUCAGUUCCUGACCUAUUGCCUUUACAUGGUGCAAAUGACCCUGUUGCCACUUUGUGGGCAAGCGUGCAUCAUGUUGCACUCUGCGCUACUCUAGGAAUCAGUUUCCCUUGCUAAAGGUUAGUAGGGGCUGGGUGCCUAUGGCUUCCGUGAGCUGGGUUUUAACUCCAUUGCUCUGCCCACCAACCAGGCCCGCUUCAGGGGAAGAAGACAAACAAGCCAGCGUGCUUUGUUUGUCUAAAUCUGAAGUCCAGCCACAGUGGAUUUGAGGAAGAAGGCCAAGAUGGAACUCUUGCAGACUUGGUAAGUUAUUGAAAAUAUGAGCUAAUAAGGUGAGACUCUGGCCAGCAACUACUUUUGCUGAAGAAGGGGUUGGGGGAGGCAGGCAAGGCACACACCCCUCUCCCCACAAGAGUUUGUGGCUUUGUUCUACAGUGGAACCUCAGUUUUUGAACGUAAUCUAUUCUGGAAGACCGUUCGACUGCCGAAACAUUUGAAAACCAAGGAGCAAUGGGCGGCCGGCAAAAUCCAUUGGGGAAAAAAUAAAAACAUGCAGCGGAAGCCAUUUGACUUCCAAGGUGUGUUUGAAAACGGAAGCAGGUUUUCAGCGUUUGGCUUCUGAAACGUUUGGCUUCUGAGACGCUCAAAAACCAAGGUUCCACUGUAAUAGUUGCCGAAGAUGCUUCUUGUCCACACUCCUCGUUUGCCAAAGGUCUAAAUACUACCCAUCAAAGAAAAGCAUCUUCCUCAGUGGCCCCUGUUGCUGACCUCAAAUGUAGGAACCAAAUUCCCUCAGUUGUGUUUUCAGCAGUGCAACUUUACCACCUACUCCCUAGAUAGUAGAAGCAAUCCUGUGCUGCUUAGGGGUGCUGAAUCAAAUUGACUUAACUCUUCCACCCCUUGGGUCAUAGGUAGAUGGGGCAGAGAGUAGAAUUGGUAGCCAUUAUCAAUAUUCCUUUCUCCUAUUUAGAGGGACGUGGGUGGCACUGUGCCUAGGACUUGCCGAUCAGAAGGUCGGCAGUUCGAAUCCCCACAACGGGGUAAGCUCCCAUUGCUUGUGGCAAAAAGGCUGUUGUGCUUAUUCUGCCUUUAACAGGAUAAUGGCCCACAAAAAUUAGCAGCUUUUUACAGUUUGGAGGAAAUCAUUCCCUGUUAAUGUCUGCAAGCUACUAAUAAAGGCACAGCUACAGUAGCUAGGGGACGCGGGUGGCGCUGUGGGUUAAACUACAGAGCCUAGGGCUUGCCGAUGAGAAGGUCAGUGGUUCGAAUGCCUGCGACGGGGUGAGCUCCCAUUGCUUGGACCCUGCUCCUGCCCACCUAGCAGUUCAAAAGCACGUCAAAGUGCAAGCAGAUAAAUGGGUACCACUCUGGCGGGAAGGUAAACGGCGUUUCCGUGGGCUGCUCUGGUUCGCCAGAAGCGGCUUAGUCAUGAUGGCCACAUGACCCGGAAGCUGUACGCCGGCUCCCUCGGCCAGUAAAGCGAGAUGAGUGCCACAACCACAGAGCUGGUCAUGACUGGACCUAAUGGUCAGGCGUCCCUUUACCUUUACCUAUCAAUAUUCCUUUCUCCUAUUUAGGGGCUUUGUUUCCUGCUUCCUCUUGGCUUGCACUGAGGCAGCUUCCAUGUACGGGGAAAUCCUGUCUCCAAACUAUCCUCAGGCAUAUCCCAACAAUGCUCUGGAAUCCUGGGAAAUCAGCGUGCCUCCUGGUUACGGCAUCCAUCUUUACUUCACCCACCUGGACAUAGAGCCGUCUCAAAACUGCCAAUAUGACUCCGUGAAGGUACAGGGGCCCCAUUCCACUGCUGGGGCAGGUAGAUACACAGCAUUGGGGGGGGGUGCUGGUGCUGAACCGAUGUGUCUAAAACACUGAGCCUCUUGGGCUUGCCGAUCGGAAGGUUAGCAGUUUGAAUCCCCGCGACGGGGUGAGCUCCCGUUGUUCGGUCCCAGCUCCUGCCAACCUAGCAGUUCGAAAGCACGUCAAAGUGCAAGUAGAUAAAUAGGUACCACUCCAGCAGGAAGGUAAACGGUGUUUCCAUGCGCUGCUCUGGUUUGCUAGAAGCGACUUAGUCAUGCUGGCCACAUGACCCGGAAGCUGUACGCCGGCUCCCUCGGCCUAUGGAGCGAGAUGAGCACGCAACCCCAGAGUCGUCUGCGACUGGACCUAAUGGUCAGGGGUACCUUUACCUUUACAAUCUAUUUCUAUAAGCAGAAGCUAAGAGAGACUUGUCUUGUGUGCCUGUCACUUUUAGGUCCUGAUCGGUAACCAAAUUGAGGGUCAGUUCUGCGGGCAGAAGAAGAGCCGCACUCCUGGCUCACCUGUCCUGGAAGAAUUCCAUGUCCCAUAUAACACGUUGACAGUCACCUUUCAGUCUGACUUUUCCAAUGAAGAGCGAUUCACUGGCUUUGCUGCCUAUUACAUUGCAGAGGGUAAGCCCUGGUCUGUCUCAUCCUGGUGUAUGAAACACUUUGUAGAUAUUGUAUUCCUCCCAGCAAUGCUUUGGGAUGGCUAUAGGAGGAACCCGUUCAGAUUCCACUGAAUGGACAAGCCAGAUUCUUAGCAAGGCUCAAGGGCCCACUUCAAGAUUAAAUAUCUCUCCCUACCCCCCAGCUAAGAAGAAGGGCAGAGUAUUAAGAACACUGGUUAUGGAAAUUGUUUAGGAAUUAUAGCAAGGAUAUCAUAACAACAGAAGAAGAAGAAGAAGAAGAAGAAGAAGAAGAAGAAGAAGAAGAAGAAGAAGAAUUUGGAUUUGAUAUCCUGCUUUAUCACUACCCUAAGGAGUCUCAAAGCGGCUAGCAUUCUCCUUUCCCUUCCUCCCUCACAACAAACACUCUGUGAGGUGAGUGAGGCUGAGAGACUUCAGAGAAGUGUGACUAGCCCAAGGUCACCCAGCAGCUGCAUGUGGAGAAGCGGGGAAGUGAACCUGGUUCACCAGAUUACGAGACUACCGCUCUUAACCACUACACCACACUGGCUCUCACUUAAGCCAUCAUCUAGUACAUAUCUGCAUAUUUAGUACAUAGAUUGCUUAGGAUGCAGAACUAGGAGUUGACCAAGAAUGGAGGUGUUUCUGAGGAACUGUCACAUGUGGUCUGAAAUGGCCUGAUGGUUGCGUGCAUAAAAGACCACAAACUUCCCAAUAGACACCCUGGGUGAUAACUUGAAGCCAUUGAUUCGAGUCCUAACUCCCAGAGCAGGAGAAAACAAGCAUGCUCCAUCCUCCAUGUGGCAGCCCUUGAGAUAUUUGAAGAUGGCUAUCCUUUCUCCUCUCAGUCUCCUCAUUUCCAGGCUAAACAUACCCAGCUCCUUCAACCGUUCCUCAUAAGGCUUGGUUUCCAGACCCUUGAUCAUCUUGGUUGCCCUCCUCUGCACAUGUUCCAGCUUCUCAACAUCCUUCUUAAAUUGUAGUGCCCAAAUAAAAGUUAUUUAUUUCUGCCCCACCUUCCCCCCUUAUGGCACUCAAGGCUGCUUACAGAUCUGUUUUGGAUCCCAUAAGAGACGGCUGUCUUUUAAGCACUUGGGGGGGUCAGGCUCCGAACUCUGAGAGGAAGGCAAGUGGAAGUUUAUGAGAGGUGGCAGGGCCUACCUGAAUCUGGCUGUUCCAGGGAGGCUGUGUGAGGGUUGCAAAAAAGAAGGAAUAAUUGGGACUCUACCUUAAAUGAAGGACCUCUUCUCCCUUAACCAGCACAGUGUUUAUCCCACUGUCUCUUUUCCUUUCUGCCUUUUAUGAUAUUCCACACACGUUCUUACCUCCAUUUCUGUUCACUUCUUGCAGAUGUGGAUGAAUGCACAGAUUUUGUGGAAGAGGCCUGCAGCCAUUACUGCAACAACUAUAUUGGUGGCUACUAUUGCUCUUGCCCACCUGAAUAUUUCUUGCAUGAGGAUCUGAAGACGUGUGGAGGUAGGAGCCUGGUUGCUACUGCUCCAGCAAUCACAGUCCUUAUCCCCACUGCUGAUACGGUACUUGAAAUGGGAAGAACUUCAGCAGUCUACUGUGGAACUGUGGCUGUUUACACACUAUACCUUUAAAGUACAUUCAAAGCACACACACCCUCAAAGAAUUCUGGGUACUGUAGUUUGUUACUGGUUGCUAGGAAUUGUAACCCCGUGAGGAGUAAAAUACAGUGGACACUCGGGUUGCAAACGUGAUCCGUGCGGGAGGCACAUUCGCAACCCCUAGCGCCGUGUCUGCGCACGCACGGGUCACGAUUUAGUGCUUCUGCGCAUCCGCAAAGCACGAUUUACUGUUUUUGCACAUGCGCAAGCGCCGAAACCCAAACAUAACCCAUUCUGGUACUUCCGGGUUCGGCAUGGUGCGCAACCCAAAAAUACGCAACCUGAAGCAUCUGUAACCCGAGGUAUGACUGUACAGUGUCCAGAUUUCUUUGAGAGAAACAUUGCACUUUAAAGUGUUUGCAGCCUGUGAACUUCCACAGAGGCUGAUAAAUGGAAAGAAACUGUGGUUGCUCACAAGGAAAGGAAAAUAAACUAGCAUUGCAUAAUAAAGAAAUAUAAUUAAAUCAUCCCAAACACUGGGAGCUAAGACCCCGCCUCCCUCCGAUGUAAUGGAAGGAGACUUAGAAUGAGGAAUCUGAAAAAAGGGUUUGGCUUUUUACAAAAAGCAUCUGAAGGAUGUUUAGAUAAUGUGUCAUACAGCAGGCCAAGGGGGCAGCAAGAUGCAGCCUGCAUAGACGUCAUUCAGGAUUCAGAUCUGAGCCCUUGAAUCUUAGAAAUAUGUUGAUAAACUGUGGGAGACUAAGUGAGGGCAUAGGAAACGGAGGCAUGGAAAUUCUGGUAUGACUUUGCCAAGCCCAGUGGAAACACAGUCAAGAUAGGCAUGUGCAAAUUCUUGGCACUAAUUCACUUGAAUAUAUAUUUUUGUUUCUUAUUUCUUAUUAAGAUUUUUAAAAUUACGAAAGAAUAAGUCACAUUUUAAAAGCGACAACCUAUGACAGAAACUCAAUACAGUAGAAAAGAAAAGUUGGCUUUGCUUACAUGUACUAACGAGCUAGAUUUUUUUCUUAUCACAGCAUGCUGGUGCAUGUUGCUCAGUCAUCCCAACUUCGUUCCUCGCCUGGGACAAGCAGGAGAAAUCUUUGGCUUCCCAGUACUCUUGAUCCAAGUCUCCCUCGCACGGCAUGAUGGCUAGGAAAUUACCGAAAGUGGCUUCUUAGGGAGCAACAAACCACAUUCAAACCACGGUGCCUGGUUCGAAGGCUGCAAGAAGCCAAGCCUUCUUGGUUUGUUUCUCCCGCUUGGUCCAUGGGAGGAGCAAACUGGAAGCAAUUGUGCAAUGUGCGGCAGCACACUGCUCAUUCAUGCUAAAGCCCAUUAAGCCAGAAACCCCAGCAUAUCAUAACAGGUAGUAUUGGGCAACAUGACAUCAUUUUGAGGUUGAAUCCUGACAAGACAGAAGUACUGUUCUUGGGGGACAGGGGGCGAGUGGGUGUGGAGGACUCCCUGGUCCUGAAUGGGGUAACUGUGUCCAUGAAGGACUAGGUGUGCAGCCUGGGAGUCAUUCUGAACUCACAGCUGUUCAUGGAGGCGCAGGUCAAUUCUGUAUCCAGGGCAGCUGUCUACCAGCUCCAUCUGGUACGCAGGCUGAGACCCUCCCUGCCCACAGACUGUCUUGCCAGAGUGGUGCCUGCUCUGGUUAUCUUCCACUUGGACUACUGCAAUGCGCACUACGUGGGGCUACCUUUGAAGGUGACCCGGAAACUGCAACUAAUCCAGAAUGCUGCAGCUAGACUGGUGACUGGGAGCGGCCGCCGAGACCACAUUAACACCGGUCUUGAAAGACCUACAUUGGCUCCCAGUACGUUUCCGAGCACAAUUCAAAGUGUUGGUGCUGACCUUUAAAGCCCUAAACAGCCUCAGUCCAGUAUACCUGAAGGAACGUCUCCACCCCCAUCGUCCUGCCCUGACGCUGAGGUCCAGUGCUGAGGGCCUUCUGGCAGUUCCCUCGCUGUGAGAAGCAAAGCUACAGGGAACCAGACAGAGGGCCUUCUCGGUAGUGGCACCCACCCUGUGGAACACCCUCCCACCAGAUGUCAAAGAGAAAAACAACUGCCAAACUUCUAGAAGACAUCUGAAGGCAGCCCUGUUUAGGGAAGCUUUUAAUGUUUAACAGGUUAUUGUAUUUUAGUGUUUUGUUGGAAGCUGCCCAGGGUGGCUGGGGAAACCCAGCCAGAUGAGCGGGGUAUAAAUAAUAAAUUAUUAUUAUUAUUAUUACUAUUACUAUUAUUAUUAUUAUUAGUUUUCAAAUUACUUGAACAGGGAAAACACAGGCAAGUAGCAACAAAAGUUUAAAAUCAGAGCUGUGUGUUUGCCAUGAUCCUCUGGGUGCACAGAAAAAAAAGCAUACAGUGUAUAUAUUUCAGCUUCCUAAGAAUAUUUGCUUUAAUUAUUUUAUUUUAAAGAGAAAGUUUCUAGUCCUUAUGGCUGUUUAAUAUAUGCUUGAAAGUGUGCAGAAAUCUCAGAAGCCAAAAGGCUUCCGUGUCCUUAUCUCUUCUGUGCCCAGCAAAACAAAACAAAAAACCAUGCAAAAUAGCAUAUAUCAGAAUAAACACAGAGAUUAAGAGAAAUUAUGCACAUUUUCUUGAUAACCUUUAUUAAUACAGGUUACAGAAUCCAGCUUCCCUGGAUUUUGGAUUACCUGUGAGCAGAAUUUCAUUUUAAGAAAAUAUGGAAUAUAUCAUAAUUGGAUGAAACCACCGGCAGGAUUUGAAAUUUGAGCAAUAGGAAAAUAAUGAUAAUAUAUGAAAUACAGAAAGAUGUAUUGGAGGAAAUAUGUGAUAUAAUAGAGGAAUAUGUAUUAGGUGAAAUGUAUGAUGUCAUGCAGUGAAUAAAAGGGAUGGGUUUAAAAACAACAUGGAAGGAAAGUUGGGAAGUCAGUUCAUAAGAGAACUGUAUAAAAUAAUUGAAAUUAAUUGGUUAAAGUUAUGAAAAUCUAAUAAGAAAAAAGAAAAUAUGGAAUAUGAAAAAAAUCCUGCUUCAUUGGCAGUAUCAGUUACUUUUGUGUUUUUUAAAAUACAUGUAUUUUUGCAGAAAACCUUUUAUUUACAAGUUAGAAACGGGUAGCAAAAAAAUAAUAAUCAUGCAACAAAUAAUAUUAAACAAACAUCCUAAUUUGCUUUUGCUUAUUGCAAAAUGAACCUGAAAUAUAAAGAGAAGGAAGGUGCUUUGCUGGUGUUUUGAGUCUGAAAGCUUAAGGGAAACAGUGAGAGUUCACCAAGGGAACUGAUAUCAGGAAGUUUUUACUAUUACUGACACUUAUCGAAGAAGCCCAUGAUAUUUUGUUUUCUGAGAUGGAAACACGGCAUGCAUCCGUGUGCAAGCACACACACACAUGACAUGAGGGUGGUAAAAAUGCCAUUGAUUACCGGUAAGUGUUGCCCUUUGUUGAUACUUUAGCCCAUCUAAUAUUUGGGCCUUAACACAAGGGGCAAAAGAUAUUUUGGGAGGUAGCUUUAAGCAAGAUACCUAGAAGAGCGCUAGCUUCAGCAGAAAGUAAUCUAACUUUGUUACGGAUCUCCUGGCCGUUUCUCUUCCCUAAACUCUAGUGAACUGCACUGGGAAUGUGUACACUGACUUGUCCGGGGAGAUCACCAGCCCCAACUACCCCAGCCUGUACCCUGAGAACUCGCACUGCGAUUACCGUGUCAUCCUGGAGCCAGGAUACCGCGUGGUCUUGACCAUUAGCAAGAAGGACUUCGACAUCGAGCCGGCUGACUCGGAAGGAAACUGCCCUGACGCCUUGAGAGUAUGUGGUGUCUUUGCUCCUGUUCUGAAUACAUCUUAGCUGUGUGUCCCUAGAAGCCAAAUGGCAGACCGGAGUCCCAGGGGCAACAUUUGCCGUUGGGGGUUGUGGCACACUUGGGCAGGAGCCUGGUUUGGGGCACGGUGUCUGCCCUUUGCUCCUGCUUGCCUUUGCAGCACCACGCUGUUGUUUGCGCAGCAGCUUAGUAAACUAAAAGGGGGAAAACCUCAGGACAUGGGAAAGAGAGGACUGCAUAGGUACACACACUCUUAUGGUCUUCCCCGCAGAGGACCUUAAGGUCCAUGAAUAAUCAUAGUUUAGAGGUCCCGGGCCCUAAAGAAGUCAGAUUAUCCUCCACCAGGGCCAGGGCCUUCUCAGUGAUGGCUCCGACCUGGUGGAAUGCUCUGUCCCAUGAGACCAGGGCCCUGCAGGAUUUAACUUCCUUCUGCAGGGCCUGUAAGACAGAGCUAUUCCACCUGGCUUUCAAUUUGAACUUAGCCUGAUCUUUUAUUCCCCUUCCUUCCCUCCCUCCCCUCCCCUCUUUAUCCUUAAUCCCUCAAGUACCAAAUUUCUGCUUCCCAUACGCCUUCUCCUCUCCAGAUCUUGAGUGUAUUUCUUUUAGAUGCAUUUCCUGUUAAAUAUGCCUCUUUUGUCUUCCUCUAUUAUUUUUCCUUAAUCUGUUUCGUUCUUCUUGCAGUUCUCAGCAGGCGACCAGCAAUUUGGCCCCUACUGUGGCAACACAUUCCCUGGCCCUCCAGAAAUCAAGACUAGAAGCAAUAUACUUGACAUUUUCUUCCAAACGGACCAGUCAGAGCAAGGCAGAGGCUGGAAAAUCCGCUACUUUGGGGAUCGUGAGUAGAUAUCCCAUGAGAGCAAACCUGUGGGGCACAUGUGUGAGCGCUCUGGGACAGAGAUAUGUGUCGUUCUUAGGAGAAUGGGCAUGUGCUUGCAAGUAGCAAAGGUGCACCUUGAGUUGGAAGUCUAGUGCAGGAGAAAACAAUUGCAGACAAGGAAUGCCAUUCAAGCAGAAUGGCCGCUGUUUCUGAGAGCAGUUGUUCUUGGGGUGAAUUGCUGCAGGAGAGAACACUUGAGGUUUGCUAUGCACCCAAAUUGUGAAUGGGUAUUUGGGUAUAACUAAGACUACAAAUCUGGUGCACUGCUGGCAGAACAUCUAAGGGGUUGGCUGGUGUGUUGACAAGUGGCUUCCUGGCUAGGGAUGAGCCCCACCAGAACUGGAAGCAGGGAAAGAAGGAAAACCCAAUGGGGACCUUGGGGUCUUGAAUUUCAGUGGCACCCUGUGCAGCGCCAAAAUUCCACCUCCUCUUGCCUUUCACUCUACAUCAUAGUUGCAGUAGCCCCUGCAGCAACCCUGAGGCUCCACCAACUAGUCACCCUAAAUCCACCUCUGUAAAACCCAUAGAAAUCUGAUAAAUCUUCUGAUCUCUGGUGGGCAAUGGGGAAAUUGAAAGGGGAACAAGGGUUCUAGCUGAAGGCCCUGCAGGCUACAGCUGCCAGCUCUCAGGAGACAGGGUGAACCAAUCCGUUCUUCCUCAUCAGUGGAACCUGGUCCAUUAGGGCAAGGGAGGCACUGCCCGUCAUGUCAUGGUCCUAUGCCAGAUCCCACAGAAAAGGCAGAUAGCCUUUCUCCUCCUGAGUCUUGGUGUUGCCUUUGUAGAACUCAACAGGGAGGAGGGAGGGGGGCAAUACUGGAAUCACGUGUCUGUGCCUGUCAAUGGGCGCCAACCUCUACUUCUUCCUCUUGUUGAUGCGGUUGAGAGUCGAAGAGGCUCAUUAACCCUCAGAGCAGAGAGGAAGUCGCAUUAAAUAAAAGCAUGGCUUCUGUUGACUUGGCUGUGACUGCUGGGGACAGAAAAUGACAAGGGGCGUGUGAGAGAGCGUGUGCCAGGUGAUUCAGUGAUUGUUGACUGGUUUCCUUUCCCCCCCCUUUCCAUUUGCAAAGCAAUGCCCUGCAAAGAAACGGUCAUUCCACAUUCCAGUAUGGAACCCGUGAGAGAACGUUACGUCUUUAAGGAUUCAGUGAAGGUGACCUGUGUCAAAGGCUAUGAGAUUGUACAGGUAAGUCCGUGCCCACCAAGGUCAGUUAGGCUCUGAGAAUCCCCCUGGCAUGAACAGUACAUUGCUGCUACUUCUACACCGAUAUGCAUUGUGCCUCUUCUCCAUCUCAACAUAGCAGUGAGAGAGGAUUCUUUCUGCACUGAUGUCAGGGGCCCAGACCAGUGGGCAGCCAGGUCUUCUGAAAUGCAAGCUUCAGGCAGAUUGGCUGGCUGAAUAAACAACUACCUAGGAACAAUCUUGGGGACGCGGGUGGUGCUGUGGGUUAAACCACAGAGCCUAGGACUUGCCGAUCAGAAGGUUGGCGGUUCAAAUCCCCGCGACGGGGUGAUCUCCCGUUUCUCGGUCCCUGCUCCUGCCAACCUAGCAGUUCGAAAGCACAUCAAAGUGCAAGUAGAUAAAUAGGUACCACUCUGGCGGGAAGGUAAAUGGCGUUACCAUGCGCUGCUCUGGUUCGCCAGAAGCGGCUUAGUCAUGCUGGCCACAUGACCUGGAAGCUGUCUGCGGACAAAUGCCGGCUCCCUCGGCCUAUAGAGCGAGAUGAGAGCCGCAACCCCAGAGACGGUCACGACUGGACCUAAUGGUCAGGGGUCCCUUUACCUUUACCUUUAGGAACAAUCUGGGACCAGCCAAUGGCUUGAUUCACCAAAUGAGAGCUGUGUGGACUCCUUCAGGGACAAGCUUCCCACAAUAAGAGUCUUUAUACUUGCUGGUGGCACCAGAUUGGUCCUCCCAUAUCACCAGACGUCCCAGGCCAGGUGAAUUGUGGACUGUUAUAUCAGCCUCCUGUGGCCAGCAGUAUUAGCAGCACAAAGAGCCAGCAGCCAUUGUCUGAUCUACAGGGCUAUUGACAUGUCACUAGCCACCCUUCACUCCCCUCAGUACUUGACAAUUGGUGCCAUGGCCACAGACCAGGAAUCCUGAGAGACAUAGCCAUCAGGAGGAGGAGGAGGAGGAGGAGAUGAAUCUACUACAGGUGUUUUGCAUGUGAUGCUGAAGUCACCAGAACCUGCAUCUCCUCCUUUGAACCCCAAGGAGAUACUUCUGCCACAGAAAUCUUCAGAUGAUCAGCAGAGUCCUCAGGAUAUAUCCCCCCAUCUUGAAAUCUCAGUUCCUAGAAAGCUAAUAGCUACAGAGAUAUGCCCUGGCCCUUAAGCUGGCCAGAUAUGAUGCUUCAGCUGCAGGAUCAGUCAUUGUGCUCCUGAAACGUACACUUAGGUCCCUGUCUAAGGCCCUGAGUGUGGCAGAUAUGUAGUCAAAUCUAACAACACAAAGUUUUGCUAGUUAGCAAGUGAAGGGGUUAAGACCAUAGAGCUGCAUUGCUGAUAAGCAGACUCAGGCCAUAGAAAUGUAAUUGGUAGAGAAGGCUCUGUAUGAUGUCGUUUCCCAUCCUCUCCUGGGAAGGAAGAAGCAAAGAAGUACCGUAUUUUUCGCUCUAUAACACGCACCCGACCAUAACACGCACGUAGUUUUUAGAGGAGGAAAAUCCGUAGGCAUGCCACCCGUAGGCAUUCCCUCCAUAACAUGCACAGACAUUUCCCCUUACUUUUUAUGAGGAAAAAAGUGAGUGUUAUGGUGCAAAAAAUACGGUAUUUUCUGUUUUGUCUCUCUCUCUUCCACCAGCCAUGUAUAUGGACAUCUGUCCGCUUGCUCCAGCAUCAGGCACUUGCCUGAAGCUAUUUUUGCUGUAAACACAAGUAUUUUACCUGCCUUUAUUUUUACUGCUGUUGCUGCUAAGGACAAAUGCUUGAUUGUGAGAAAAAUACAUGCUUUAAACUUCAUUUUCAGUCUGUAGCCUGUUUCUUUGAUAAACUGGAUAACAAAGGGGGAGACCAGCCUAAUGGCUAGUUCCUACACUUGCAAUUAAACUGUUCAAGAUGGGAUUUAAACUCUGUUUAGCCCCAUGCUUUUAAAUGCAAGCCGUAAGCUCAGAGAUGAAAUGCCAGCAGUUUUGCUUAGUGCAAAUGUUCCACCUCCUUAAACAGUUUUUUUGCAUCCUCUCCAUAUAUCUUCUCACUUUACACAAGGGCCCAAGACUCCCCUCAUGUAACAAGGGAGAGAGAGCAGUGUGUAUGUCAUUCUGAUACAUUUCUCAACCAAUGAAUUAACCCCAGUGUCUCUCAAUUCUGUUCCCUUCAGUCAAAAGGCAGCCUCACAUCCUUCUACUCUGUCUGUCAAAGCAACGGCGAGUGGAGCAACUCUAACCUUGAAUGUGUCCGUAAGUGCUUGGCUUCCUAUAUUGGUGGUCCAUAACAUACUUUCAGUUGGUCUUGAGACCACGGGGAUCAUAACAGAGAGGAAUACUUGAGAAGCAGGAGACUUUCUGAAGUUUUGACAAGAUACUGAAGAGGCAAGCCACUUAUAAAUUUAAACUGGAAAGCAGCUUGCUUCUUCAGCAGUGUGAGUAAUCACAAAGAAACUUCCAGCUCUCUUCAUAACACUCUUCAUAGCUGAGCUGGACGGCAGCCACACAGAAUGAUUGUUCCCCUUUGCGGUGGCUGUGUAAGGUAAGAAAAUACAGUGAUCCACAAAGUAAUAAGGCAACCAAAAUAGUGGUCCUCAGCAGUGCUUUUUUCGGGUGGGGGAGAAUGCAGGUGUACACAUACCCCUAAACAUUUACUUUUGUACAUUUGUACAUUUGUACUUUUGUCCAUUUACUGUAUUUAUUUCCCCCGAUUUGACCUAUAAAAUGGUGAUUUUCUCGAGUCAAAAUGAGAGUACCCCUAAACAUUUUUUAAGAAAAAAAGCACUGGUCCUCAGUUCAGUUAAGCUUAAACACCAUUGUGUGGAUUACCCGAGAUAAAUGGGACUUUUCAAUGGAGAGGGCAUUUAUGCCAUUCCAGUUCUAGGCAACUGGUCCUGGAAGGAGAUGGAAAUAGGAAGGGAUAACUUGGAAGUUAAAGACUGGCACCCAUGAAGGCUUUCAGUGGUUCCCCUGGGCAGGUGCCCCAAACUUUGAGCUCUCAUUUUUUUGGUGGGGAGUAUUUAGUCACCCUAGAAAGAAAGCUGUGGGACCAAAUGUAUAGAUAAGUGAUUUCUAUAGCUUGUAUAUUGUUCUAGAUUUUGGGGGGAGGGGCUAAACCCUAGAACUUAAUAAAUGGUAGGAUUUUGAUUAUUUGUAAUGCGAAGGGAGAAAUACAAGCUGCAGAGGAAUUCCUGAGCUAGUCUGUUCAAAAUGACCUGGCCAAGCUAGGACCAUUAAGAAAAAAUAGAGGGUCAUUGGCAAUGCAAGAGAACUGUCCUCCCUACUUGUCCUGAGGUGUGAACAGAGAGGGGGGGUUGGGAGGUUGGGAAGGUUGCCAGGGUAACUAGGAGUGGGGUGACAGGAAAAAGAGAGUCUUGAGCAGGGGUUGCUGAGAAGGAGGAGGAGGAAGAAGGACUGGGAUCCAUCUUGGGCAGGCUGGCUGAAGGCUGGCCUGAGAGAGAUGCCUUGGACUCCAGGGCUGCACUGCUGUGGGAGACAAGGCCCUCUUGAAAUCACCAUGCUGUACAAUCUGGACUCCAUGCACACUGAAGGUGUAAAUAGGUGAAUAAACCAUAUUUCUUUAAAGCUACGACAGUCUCCACUCUGUGUCAGUUCUCCAAAGGAGCACAAGACCUCUGGCAGACAGUGGGGGGUGGUGCCCAACUUCUGUAACAAUAUUUUUCCUGGUACUGAGGGACCAUAAUCAGGAGCAGCAGGACAUGACCAACUUCCCAUGGUAAGCCUAAGGUUGUCACAGGUCGGUGCCUCUCUGAUUUUGCAUUAUGCCACACCCCCUCCAUGGCAGCCAUCUUGCGACCGACACCCUCACCAAUUUCUCAAAAUUUGAAGUGUGCCCACUAGUCCAAAAAGGUUGGCAACCCCUGCUUUAUGCACCAUACGAGAAAAAGAAAUGGAAAGUAUGUUCAGGCCUGACGGAAUAUGGGUUGACCAGGAUGAGGUGGCAGGUGGCAGCAGAGUGAAGAUUCUAGUCUAACACCCCAUCUUUUCCCCCCCGGCAGCCGUAAACUGUGGCGAGCCUGAGCCCCUUGCAAAUGGAAAAGUCACUUACCUGUCAGGAACCGAGGACAACACGGAGUAUCAAGACACGAUCAGCUAUUCAUGCAACGAGAAGUUUUAUACAAUGCAGGGCAAAGGUAAUGAUGUUUCCCAUCCUUUUCAGAUCCAAGCACCUGAUUCAGAGCUUAAAAAGAGCGUCAUUGUACUCAGUUUAUGAUGACAGAAUUAGAGGUGGCCAAUGUUACGACAAACUCAUUCCAAGAGUCUUUCACUUACGCUUCAUCCCAGUAUCGUUGUGAAACUGGUUGGUGUGUUUUCACUCACUUUGCAUCCACUAAAGCAACACCGUCAAAAGUGGCUGCUUUCUUCUUAUAGGCAGAGUCAGUGUAGAAUUUAAUGAGUUGUAAACACUGAAACGAUUCCUUCCAAAGCACAGUUAAAAUGUACGGCGUGUGCAUGUGUGUGAGAGAGAGACAACCAAAGAACAAAGUUGAGAUGAACAAGGAGACAGGGAUGUGAAGCUCUUCCUGCAGAGUGUUUCUGCUUCCACCUUCUUCAGCUGAUGUGAAUCAAAGGGUGCUGUAGCCAAGGUGGCCAUUCCUUGGCUCCUCCAGGCAACCUCUUUUUUGAGCAUUCAUUCUCAUUGCUUGCAUGCACAAAGCUUGCGCAGAGGUGAUGCAAUGGGUGGGAUGUAGGAUAGUGCUAAGAGGCAUAAAAAGUAAAAAGAUAAAGGACCCCUGGAUGGUUAAGUCCAGUCAAAGGUAACAAUGGGGUUGCAGCGCUCAUCUCGCUUUCAGGCAGAGGGAGCCAGUGUUUGUCCGCAGACAGCUUUCUGGGUCAUGUGGCCAGCUUCUGGCACAAUGGAACACUGUGACAGAAACCAGAGCGCAUGGAAACACUGUUUACUUUCCUGCCACAACAGUACCUCUUUAUCUACUUGCACUGGCGUGCUUUUGAACUGCUAGGUUGGCAGGAGCUGGGACAGAGCAACAGGCGCUCACUUCGUCACAGGGAUUCAAACCACCGACCUUCCGAUUGGCAAGCCCAAGAGGCUCAGUGGUUUGGACCGCAGCGCCACCCGCGUCCCUACUAAGAGGUGUAGGGGUGUGUGGAACAAGGUCUACUCAUGCAACUGGACUACUUCCCUCCCCCCCCCACUGUGUGCCCAGGGGCAGCCAAUCUUGUUUCACCACCUGCUCCAAAUUAGGAAUGUGUCACGUCCUGCUCCCACCCACCGUCACUCCUUCUCUCCACUUCUGCCCCCUCCAAAGUCGAUGAGAGCUCAGGCACUCCUCAAGGCAUUGCCGCUCAUUUUAUUCCAGCUGGUUUUGGACUACAACUCCCAUCAGCCCUAGCUAUCAAGACCAGUGGUCAGGGAUGAUGGGAAUUGUAGUCUGAAAAACAGCUGGAGACCCAAGUUUGGGAAACACGGAGUUAAAGCAUAGCUAAUCUGUGUUAAGCGACCCAGUGUAUCCAUUCUUGGUUAAGCUCAUUAGAAGUGCAUUGCUGGAUCCAUAGCUGUCAACCGUCCCUUAUUUGGCGGGAAACUCCCUUAUCCCAGCGCCGUGUCCCGCUGCUGUCCCUUAUUGAUGAUGUCCCUUAAAUUUCCCGGGUUUCAAAGGAAGCAGCUCCUCUCCCUCCCUCCCUGCCGGCCUCCCCUCUGCCCAUUGCCGCCGCCGCUCCCGCUAGGCCGUACCCCGGAUGAGAUGGGCAGCCUGGCAUGGCCUAUGAAUUGCUGAGGAGCCUUGAGAGGAGAGCAAGGGCAACCAUAGAGAAAGCAGUUCAGAGAGAGGAGGAGGAGGAGGAGGCGGAGGCGCGGGCAGGUGUUCCAAGGGCUAACCAUAGAGGGGGAAAGCGGAGGAAGGACCGCAAGCACUUCUCCCAUAGAUUUGUAGUGGUAGACUAGCAUAGAUGGUCUGAUCUGCAGGUUUACUUCAGGCGCUGUUCCCCCCCCUUCCUCCCGCCCCGCCUGAUGGAACUGAGAGCUGCAGAUGGAGCACGAGAGAAAAGAUACAGAAUUGCAGCAGCAUCUUCGUAGCUUGGACUUCAUUCUGCGCGAAAAGUGGUUGCUGCUUGUAGUUAUUUCAUUGCAGUGUUUCAUCGGCUGGUGUCUUGAGCAGCAACCUCUGGAAACGAAGGGCUAAAAACCGGCGCUGCUCUCCAAAAUUAUCUGGUCCCUUUUAACUGGUUGACUAAAAUCCCUUAUUUUGGCUGCUGGUCCCUUAUUUUCAAGGCUGCUGGUCCCUUAUUUUGAAAUCUGUAAGUUGACAGCUAUGGCUGGAUCAGAUCUGGAGCCAACAUUAUUUACAGGAACCCCACGGACAAGCAGACACUACAUGGCUUGCUAGAAAUUGGCCUGCAAUCUGUUUUCUGAUCUCACCUGCAUUUGGGUAUGAAACACAGAUUAAAAACAAACAACUGAAUAGUGCUAUGUGUUCUUUUAUUCCAAAAGGACUUUAUAGGUGUUCAGCCAGUGGGAAAUGGGUGGAUGAAGAUGAGAAAACGGAGAUUCCGGUUUGUGUCCCAGGUACGGUACACAGCCCUCUAUUUCUAAAUGUGGAUAUUGUGGUCAAAGUGCUGUGACAAGAGUCCACCGCAUUGUCUAGUUUACAGAAGAGCCUGCCAAUAUUUUAAAAUUCUUGCUUCCUCUGCUGGGACAUGUUCUUGAAUUGCCUCAAUGAUUCGAGAUGGUUGAAAACCAGAGCUUUAAAACCUGCUCUCCUCUUAGAUGUUUCCGCAAAGCACCAGUCCUGCAGGAAGCAACAAUGUUCCAUGUUUCAAGAGUCCCUUCUUGCUGAUCACGUUGUUGAGGACAGCCAUCUUGGGGGUUAGGAAAAGGGAAGAGAGCAUAGACCCACUGAAAUAUAUUCGGAGUCGAGUGUGGAUUUCAUGCUUUUUAUUCAGCUCAUAGUAGUGAGGAGGAAUGGAAGUUCCCCCGAAAUGUCUGCUUUAUAUACAUUAUUUACACAAUGGGCCCCACGUGACUGGCCAGUUCCGGGAUUCUCCUGUAGGCCAAUCAGGUUGCGGAUUCACUUCCACCUGGAGUUGGAUUGGGUGGCUCCUGGGGACCAAUCAGACCGCUGCAUUCUGAAUCCUAUUGUUCUAGGAGCAAUCAGACUGUUGCAAUUUGGAUCCUAUUCAACUCAGUACAUAACACCCACAGUAGAAGAAGAGGCACAGGAGCUGAACCUGCAGCUAGUUUCUAAUAGUUUUGCACCCAGCCCUAGUCUGUCUGCUGUGUACAUUCAGCAGUGAUGGGACUUGGUUUUGGUGGGCUCCUGCAGGUUCUGAAGAACAAAACACCCCCUCCUGCGUACCCGCAACUGAUACCUAUUGGGCUAUUUUUAAUGGGCUAUUUAUUUAUUGUUCUUCAUACUUCAUACUUUACGACCAUACUUCGUUGGUCGUAAAAUUCUUUGUGAAGCAAUUUCUCUGAAAAGCAGUAAGUCUUUUAAAUAAAUAAAGCAAGCAAGCAAUCUCAGAAUGGGGAUAUAUGCAUAGGCGUAGCCAGGAUUUAUGUUGGGGGGACGGACAGGGCACCCACCUGUCCUGUUCCAGAACCAAGCUACCUGCCACACGAUUGGUCAGUUUGCGGAAGCCAUGCCUAUCACUCAGUCGGGUUGCCAGUUGCGUCGCUAGAAUGCGCCACAACAUCUUCAGCGAAAUUGAAUAUUUCAAUUUCAAAUAUUCUGGUUAUUUCUACUUCUAGUUAAGUAUUUUUAUUUAUUUACUUGAUUGGGGGGGAGCUGCCCCCCAUGGCUAUGCCCAUAGAUAUGCGUGUAGCAGGCUUCAUUCUCAAUACAGUCGUACCUUGGAUCCCGAAUGCCUUGCAAGUUGAACGUUUUGGUUCCCAAAAGCCGCAAACCCGGGAGUGAGUGUUCCGGUUUGCAAAUGUUCUUUGUAACCCGAAUGUCCGAUACAGGUUCUGCGGCUUCCAAUUGGAUGCAGGAGCUUCCUGCAGCCAAUCAGAUGCCGCGCUUUGGUUUCUGAACGUUUUGGAAGUCGAAUGGACUUCCGGAAUGGAUUCCGUUUGACUUCCAAGGUACGACUGUACUACCCAGUUAAUGUUUCUGGGCAAAGUUAACAAGCUGCAGCAAGCAAAAACUUUGGGAGAGGUCCACACGCAUGCAUGCCCACAGGCCCCAAAACCGGAUUCAACUUGAACCCCCUACCCUAAAGUUAUUGCUUGCUUUCCCUCACGUCAGCGAACAUAAAUGGCUUUGAUUAUUUCAUUUGUGCAAAUCCGGUCUUCCUGCUGCUCGCAAGCUCUUAUUUCUGCUGUUGUUGUUCUAUCCUUUCUCUAGUUUGCGGAGUUCCCUCUGAGCCCGUUAAAGGGGCGGGGAAGAUUUUUGGAGGCCAACAAGCCAAAAAAGGAAACUUCCCUUGGCAAAUCUAUUUUGAAUACCCACAUGCUGGCGGGGCUCUGAUUUCGGACCGCUGGGUUCUGACUGCAGCUCACGUGCUGGAUGGGACCCGGUGCCCAGACAUCCACGCAGGGAUGCUUUGCAUUGGGGGAGAUGCCAUGGAAGGCGCUAGGCCACUGGAUGUGGAAGCCACGUUCGUCCAUCCCGACUGGUUGGAAAUGGCAAACAACCAGCCCCGGACAAACUUUGACAAUGACAUUGCUCUAGUGAAGUUGGCGAAACCCUUGACGAUGGGUCCUACCAUCUCGCCCAUUUGCUUGCCUGGUGCAUCGUCCGACUACGACUUGCCGAUGGGGAUCCUGGGCUACAUAUCUGGCUGGGGCAGGACACCUAAGACACGUGUGGCAAUACACCUUAGGUACGCCCGGAUCCCUGUGGUUAACAUGGACAGGUGCCGAAGCGUGAAGCCAGAUCCCCCAGCAGAUUCUUUGACCUAUGUGUUCACAGACAAUAUGAUUUGUGGAGGGGGCAACGGGAGGGACAGCUGCGAUGGAGACAGCGGUGGGGCGUUUGCUGUCAAAUAUCUCCACGACGAAUUGCACUACUAUGUCGCUGGCCUGGUUUCUUGGGGGCCAAAGUGCGGCACCUACGGCCUCUACACUAAGGUGUCAAAUUACGUGGAUUGGAUCGCAAACGUCAUGAGCCAGAAUGAGACCAGAAGGAUGCAUUUGUGUCUGUAAAGGCACCAGGCUCCCUUGACGUUUUCUUCAAUCCUUUGGGCUCAUGGCAUUUCUCCAAAGUGGGACCCAAGCUGUUGUUGGACUACAGCUCCCAUAAUCCCUAGCUAGCAGGGACAGUGGUCAGGAAUGAUGGGAGUUGUAGUCCAACAACAGCAGAAAACCCAAGUUAGAGAAAUACUGGUAAUGCAAGAGAGGGGAGGUUGGAGUGAAGGUCCGUGCACUGCCAGUUUCUUUAUACAACCUGUUUUCUUGAGAAGCAAAUAGAGCAACCAAAAGCUUUCAGGCUGGAUUUGUUCUUAAACGAUUUCCUGUCUGCUUAAUUUCUUCUUUUAGAUCUUAUGUCUUUCUUUGUAGCUGCUUAAACUCCUUUGGAAAGUGCCCUAUACCACAGAUCUUUUUUAAAAAACAAACAAACCAACAACACACAUUUUAUUAGAAGAAUUUCAUUUAUUAAAAAAGAGAGUGAGGGGGGUGGGAAGAAAGAGAGUAAAAAGUGAGUGAAAAAAUACUUUUACAUACCCAUACAUUGAUAUACAGGUGUGUAUAUUCUUAUUAUCCUAAUGUACAUAUAAUUGUCAAUAACCUAAUGUGUUCUGUGUAAACAGAUGGUGCCAAUAGGGAUAAGAACUUCAUAUUUGUAGCUGCUUAUGGUUUGAACCAGACGCGGGUGGCGCUGUGGGUUAAACCACAGAGCCUAGGACUUGCCGAUCAGAAGGUCAGCGGUUCAAAUCCCCAUGACGGGGUGAGCUCCCGUUGCUCGGUCCCAGCUCCUGCCAACCUUGCAGUUCGAAAGCACGUCAAAGUGCAAGUAGAUAAAUAGGUACCGCUCCAGCGGGAAGGUAAACGGCGUUUCCGUGUGCUGUUCUGGUUCGGCAGAAGCGGCUUAGUCAUGCUGGCCACAUGACCUGGAAGCUGUACGCCGGCUCCCUCAGCCAAUAAAGCGAGAUGAGCAACCCCAGAGUCGGCCACGACUGGACCUAAUGGUCAGGGGUUCCUUUACCUUUGUGGUUUGAACCAGCUGAAGAAAGCACAGUGCUCAUCUCAACUUGUGCUUGCCCUGCCACUUUCUCCUGGUGAAACCUGAUCUUUACCGCUGAAUCGGAGUAAACGUCAAUUUGGUUUCCUCCAGACUGAAGUUUGCUCUGAGCGGGUUUUCCAGGGGAGAGGAAGAACAGCCCUUCAGUGGGGGGAGGAAGCCUGUUCACACCCUUAAGAAAAUAAUUAUAAAGGUGCCCUGCAGUGUUGGAGAAGGCAGGUGUGACUAUACUUCAGAGACAGCAGGGGCCAACAUUUCUGGCAAUUGUGUCACACGUAGAACACAAAUGGGGGAAAAAGCAAAGACAGACCUUCCAAGUGUCCCUAUUUUCCAGGGACAGUCCCAGAUUUACAGAAGCCGUCCCGGUUUCCGAUUUGAUCCUGGAAUGUCCUGCUUUUCCUUGGUUGUUGUUGUUUAGUUGUUUAGUCAUUUAGUCGUGUCCAACACUUUGUGACCCCAUGGACCAAAGCAUGCCAGGCACUCCUGUCUUCCACUGCCUGCCGCAGUUUGGUCAAGUUAGUAGCUUCGAGAGCACUGUCCAACCAUCUCGUCCUCUGUCAUCCCCUUCUCCUUGUGCCCUCCAUCUUUCCCAACAUCAGGGUCUUUUCCAGGGAGUCUUCUCUUCUCAUGAGGUGGCCAAAGUAUUGGAGCCUCAGCUUCAGGAUCUGUCCUUCCAGUGAGCACUCAAGGCUGAUUUGCUGAAGAAUGGAGAGGUUUGAUCUUCUUGCAGUCCAUGGGACUCUCAAGAGUCUCCUCCAGCACCAGAAUUCAAAAGCAUCAAUUCUUCCGCGAUCAGCCUUCUUGAUGGUCCAGCUCUCACUUCCAUACAUCACUACUGGGAAAACCAUAGCUUUAACUAUACAGACCUUUGUUGCUUUUCCUUAGGACGUCCCUAUUUCCAUCAGAAAAAUGUUGGGAGUUUCUGCAAAGAGCACAAACCAAAACCCCUUUAAAAACCAUUCCAAAAGCUGCAUAGGCAGGGGGAGAGAAACAGUUCCUGGUCCUCAGCGAUGCUGUAGAAGCUUUCUAGCAGAUGACCAUACAAUCUAUAAUCUACAUAUCUCUAUUGCAGUAAGUUUUUUUCUUCCUGGAGGGUGGUUUUGGAUUGAGGGAGGUGCCACUAGGAAGUGCAACGAAGUCUGGUUUGCUGCCACUGAUGCAUAGUGGGGGGAAACAGCAUGUAUUGUGUGCAACAGGAAGACAGGAGGACUUCCCUGUCUCUGAUAGUUAGCUGAUCCUUGGAACCAGCCCUCGCUGCUGCUGCUUCUGCUGCUGCUACAGAAUCUCCACAGCUUCGUUUGUAUGUUGAACGCAGCCCUGAUUUUACAAAUACAUUACAUAUUGCUUGUAACACAUACUCACUUGGAUUAUAUUAAAAAGAGAACCAAAUGCAGAA